AUCGACUCCUCUGUUGCUGUCGUCUUUCUGCUCCUUACUCCCGUCAGAAUAAUAUUUCUCCAGAAGUUUGCUUUCUUCUACGACGACAUUACAGCAUUAGAGUGCUGAACAGGCAACAUGGUGUUUAAAGUGACUGUCAACAGUGCCUGGAGGGCAACAAGGACGCUGUGGCUGCCCGUGCUGGUGAGCCUCUCUGUGUGCGUCUGUGUUUGCAGAGCAUCAUCACCUCAGGAGGACAGUGCCAUGGAGAACAUCGUUACCGAGAAAAAGGCUGAGGAGAGCCACAGGCAGGACAGCGCAGAUCUGCUCAUCUUCAUCAUGCUCCUCACUCUCACCAUCCUGACCAUCUGGUUGUUCAAACACCGGCGCUUCAGGUUUCUGCACGAAACUGGACUAGCGAUGAUAUAUGGCUUACUUGUUGGAGUGGUCUUGCGUUAUGGCAUCCAUGUUCCUCGGGACAUGGGAAACGUCACGCUGAGCUGCCACGUUAAUGCCAGCCCCGCCACUCUGCUGGUCAACAUCAGUGGUAAAUACUACGAAUACACGCUUAAAGGAGAGAUCGGUGCCAAUGAGGUGAACGAUGUGCAGGAUAAUGAGAUGCUGCGAAAGGUGACUUUUGAUCCUGAGGUUUUCUUCAACAUUCUCCUGCCGCCCAUCAUCUUCCAUGCUGGCUACAGCUUAAAAAGGAGACACUUUUUUCGUAACAUGGGAUCCAUCCUGGCUUAUGCCUUUCUGGGAACAGUUAUUUCCUGUUUUGUUAUUGGGUUGCUGAUGUAUGGAUGUGUGAUGCUAAUGAAGCAGCUGAAACAGCUGGAUGGAGACUUCUUCUUCACCGAUUGCCUCUUCUUUGGAGCAAUUGUUUCUGCGACAGAUCCCGUGACGGUACUGGCGAUCUUCAACGAGCUGCAGGUAGACGUAGAUCUGUAUGCUCUGCUGUUUGGAGAGAGCGUGCUCAAUGAUGCUGUGGCCGUCAUUCUGUCCUCGUCAAUAGUAGCAUACCAGCCACAAGGAGACAACAGUCACACCUUUGAGGUCAUGGCGAUGCUGAAGUCUUUCGGUGUUUUCCUCGGAGUCUUCAGCGGCUCCUUUGCUCUGGGAGUGGCCACAGGAGUUUUCACUGCUCUCGUGACUAAGUUCACUAAGCUGAGAGAUUUCCAGCUGUUGGAGACGGCCCUGUUCUUCCUCAUGUCAUGGAGCACAUUCCUGCUGGCCGAGGCCUGUGGCUUCACAGGUGUGGUCGCUGUGCUGUUCUGUGGAAUCACUCAGGCUCACUACACCUUCAACAACCUGUCCCCUGAGUCCCAAGACAGGACCAAACAGCUAUUCGAGCUGCUCAAUUUCCUGGCAGAAAACUUCAUUUUCUCCUACAUGGGUCUGACCCUGUUCACCUUCCAGAACCACAUCUUUAACCCCAUGUUCAUCGUUGGAGCUUUUCUGGCAGUGUUUGUGGGGAGAGCUGCAAACAUCUACCCCCUUUCAUUCCUUCUCAAUCUGGGCCGACGCAACAAGAUCAGAUCUAACUUCCAGCACAUGAUGAUGUUUGCAGGACUGCGAGGAGCGAUGACCUUUGCCCUGUCAAUCAGGGACACAGCGACAUACGCCCGUCAGAUGAUGUUCACCACCACUCUGCUCGUGGUCUUCUUCACUGUUUGGAUCUGUGGAGGUGGCACCACUCAGAUGCUGUCCUGCCAGCGCAUAAGAGUGGGAGUGGACUCUGAUCAAGACAACUCUAUUAGUAUCACUGACGGCUCAGAGAGGAGAAGCACAAAACAUGAAAGUGCCUGGCUUUUCAGGAUUUGGUACAACUUUGACCACAACUACCUGAAGCCCAUCCUGACUCACAGCGGCCCCCCUCUCACGGCCACGCUGCCUCCCUGCUGUGGCCCCCUCGCCCGCUUCCUCACCAGCCCUCAGGCCUAUGAGAACGAGUGCCAGCUGAAGGAUGACGACUCUGACCUCAUCCUGACAGACGGUGACAUCAACUUGACCUAUGGCGACAUCACCGUCAGCACGGACGCCACAGGAGCCCACAUGAGCGGCGGCGCGGCCUUUGCCGGGGCCGCCACCUGCGACGACUUGGACAGAGAGUUAACAUACGGAGAUCACGAGCUGGUGAUGAGGGGCACGCGACUGGUGCUGCCCAUGGAUGACUCAGAGCCACCCUUUACGGACCCCUACCAACGCUUACGGAUGUGAAGACAGACCUCCGGAGCAUAAAACCCAGACGUCCGACUCAAACUCACCCGAGCCAUCAAGCAAGAGACGAGUACCUGACACUCCUCUCACUUUUUUUUUGGUCUGGCACCUUGCCUCGUUCUUUUUGCUUUUUUUUUUUUUCCCCCGCUCAUAGCUACACUCACUUCCUCUAGUGGCAAAUCACUGUCUCUACCUCAUUCUCUUUCUGCUUGUUCCCACACCUUUUUUGGCGUCGGCCAUAAUUGUAAAAUGAUCUAGUUUAUUUGCAGGAUUUUUCAGUAUUCAAUUUUCUCAGUUUCUCUUAGUUUGGCUUUAAGUCUUGUGUCAGUCACCUUACUACUGUAGCAUUGCACAGAGGUCCAGCAGCAUGUGUUAGUGUGUAAAUGCAAAUACCAACUGAUAGCUCAUUUGUCCAUGUACAGUAUAUAACAAGAGUACUAUAACUUUGAUAUGCAUGCUGAGGAUGCUUGUCGUUUUCUUUGUACAGGAGGGUGCGGGCUUUUGUGUUUGGGGUCUGACGUUGAAUGUUGCUGCCUUCUCUCUGUGCACCAGAGGCAUGCUGACCCAGUGGAUAACUGAACUGUACAUUUUGUUAAAAUCAAGUGCCUGGGAAUUGUAGUUUUUAAGCCUGGUAGCCCACACUGGACUAGCUCCGGGAUGGGCAGUCAUGCAGUGAAAUUUUUUCUUUGUAAAAAGAGAAAGUAUACACAAAGGUAAAGCGACACCUCUCCGUCCAGAAGGUAGCAAUAUACUCAGUGUGUGUUUGGCCUGUGAGUUUGUGCUACUGGCCUGUAAAUAGUGUUUCAUGUGAUGCCAUUGAUUCAGUGUAACCUUGGCAGUGAAAGUUGUGGAUCUCUCCCGAUGACCUCUGACUGUGACAUAGAGAGGGACUUAUCUUAGAAGCUGACGUCGCUCACAGUAGAACGAAGGGCUCCUGUUGGGGUCAACCGGAGGAAGCUUUGUGCCAUGUCUGUCCUGCAUUUCAACAUUUUGUGAGAGCUGAAUGCAGAUGACCUUUAAGUGUUUUGUAUACGUUUUUGCGAGAGGGCUUAAGCACUUUAAGCUGAAUCACAUAAUUCAUACACAUUUUGCCGUGUGUGCGUUUUUUACAUUACAAUUAUGGAUUAACGUCAUGACUUUUGAUUGAAUUUCUCGUUAAACCUCCCGAUAAACAUGUUUCAAAAGGUGAAUUUGACACUGAAGGAACUUUGUACUGUACCAUGUUAUUAGUUAGCACACAAGCUCAUGAGUAAGUGCAUCAUUUUGGCAAAUCAAAGAACCGAUUGUGUUUCUUUGUUAUUGUGUUAGGGCUGCGACCGAUGAUUUAUCAAAUGAAGGAUUAAUCUGCCAAAUGUUUUCACUACGCCCGGUCUCAGAGUUACAUUUACAUUUUCAACUAUCUGCAUCAGUCUGAUCAACAGUGAGAACCCAAAGAUAUUCACUUUAUUAUCCCAAAAACAACAAAGAUUUUAUUUUCCAUUUCAGAAGCUGGAAGUGAAUUUGAGGAAAAUGUUUUUCUAAAAUAAUCUAGAAUGAUAAAUCAGACUAUCAGAGUAUUUGCAGCUAAAAAUAUUGUGUGUUGACUCUAAAUGUAAUUGUCUCCUUGUUGCUGUCUUAGAUUUAUAACAGUGCUCUUGAUACAGUUGAGACAGUAUAUUUGUAUUCCCUGAUAUGAGCAUAUGUUUGGGUUCUGUAGCAGUUCAUCUUCAGGAGGAUUGCUGGAAUAGAACAAUUAUUGUUACAGUAUAUGAUGAGCGUUCCCCUCUGCUGUACAUUAAAGGGUUCUGGAGGAUUGAUGGUGUGAUGGUUUAACAUGACUUUAUUAAAUGAAAGUCAUAAAAACACGCAGCAUCAAAGGUUACUCAUGGACGUCUGUUACAUGAACGAGACCAACGGGAGGUUCAGUGAUCUCCUUUGUGUUGCUUGGUCGAGUACAGCAGCUGUUAAUGCGGGUUUAACAGGAAGUGUUGAUAGGGCGUAACCGUGGAAACGCAUGUUGACAUGGACAGAAGCCAGAACAACAUUGGUGAGCAGUGCAACAGUUUAGUGGUCGAGCAGAAGAAGAAAAUGAACUUGGAUGUAAAUAAUGGAUGCCAGGGGAUGAUGGAAGAGUGAAAGAAAAUCAAAAGAGAGACAAGAAGGGGUUAAUUUGUUGUUUUUGUUUGUUUGUUUGUUUGUUGGGGAUGAUACAGAGUUUGAAGGAAGGGCACGCUUUUAGAUACCACCUCUUCCUUCAGCGGUUAUCUUCUGCUGUGCAGGAACUUCUCUUUUUUUUUUUUUUUAAUCAGACACCAUCCAGGAAAUGAUUCUCUGACUACCAUUUUAUACUUUUCAUUUGAGUUGGUAGAGAAUUCUGUUUUGUAGAAGGGAAACAAAGGCGUGAAAGAAAGUUAAAAAGGUUUGCACUCCACCAUUGAGAAUGUAUUAUUCUUUAGCUUUGAGGUUUGUUUUAUCUAACUGCUGCUUUUAUUAUUAUUAUUAUUAUUGUUAUUAUUAUUAUUAUUUACCUUUAUGUUUUUGGAAGCUUGUGAAAAAAAAAGCAAAGUCCCGUCAGAUGAUUGAAUCUUGAUCGAAUGUUCAGUGGAAGUGAAGUUGUGUCACUGAUGUUACUGUGAACAAAUGUCACACUGUAGGCACAGAUAAGAAGGUUCACGAUGAUUUCAUGCUGUUGCUCCAUCUGAUCACUUUGCCGUUCAGGUAAAUUGUGUGUAUGUUUGCUGCAAACUGCUGUUUGAAUGCUGUAACCAUGACUGCUACAGAGCAGGAAUUAUUUAUAUCUUCUGCUGCUGGUGGGAAGAAAAACAAUAUAUAUAUAUAUAUAUAUGAAGAAGCUCAGAUGUGUGCAGCUUUUCUUGAAAUGACACUUUAACUAAUGUGAACUCUGCAAAAGCUGAUGUAGGUUUUGAUGUUUGCCUACUGCUCUGUCAGUAUGUGCUCUCUCUCUCUUUGUUCUCUGAAUGCUGACUUGUGAUUGGCUUUGAUCAUUGGAAGUCUCGUCUGAAGUAGCUGACCAAAGAGGCCUGCUGUGCUUUGUGUUUCCAGACAGUCCACUCUAUCUUUAUACCUGCAAAUUCUCUGCGUGUAAGCGAAAGUGUGUGUGUGUGUGUGUGUGUGUGUAAGUAAAUGCCUGGUAGCCUAUAUGGACGUGUUCGCUUGUAUGUUUGUGUGUGUGUGUGUGUGUGUACGAGAGAGAGGGGGGGGGGAGCCAUCGUGUCCUGUCUCGCCUCCUCUGUGUUGCAGGUACUGAUUGUUUACAUCUGUGUAAAUAUACUCUCACCUGUUCAUGUGCGUGCAACGGUCAAUAAACAGAAGCCUGUGCUUUUGGUUAAAGCCCUCGCUGUGAUGGCCUCA